GAACUUUAUCCUAAGGCAGAAAAAAAACUAUACAAUUGGAUUACUGAACAGAGAAAACAAGGAUUGGGUGUGUCUUGCGAACUUGCACGUAUUGAGAUGCUUAAUAUUUUAAAGGGACCUGAUAUGAUGACUCUUUAUAGCAAUUCAACGGAAGAUUUUAAAACAUCAAAUAAUAAACGAUUACCACGUGGCGAAAAAAUUCUAUCUGAUAUCAUCGCUUGGUUUCAAGAUAAUGGGUGGAUGAAUUCCGACCUUAUGAUACAAUAUGUUGAUUAUGUUACUGACACACAAAUUAAUAAUGAAUGUGAGGCAGUUAUUCCGAGUGGUUUGACCAGCAUUUGUCAACCACUCGAUGUUGCGAUUAAUAAACCGUUUAAGGACAAUCUUCGUAAAGAGUGGCAUCUUUGGAUGGCAAAAGGCGGUGCUGGAAAAACUGCAGCUAGAAAUCUUCGACGCGCUAGAAUAAGCGAUGUAUGUGAGUGGGUAAAAAAUUCCUGGGAACAAAUACCAGGUGAUGUUAUUAUUAAAUUUUUUAUAAAAUGUGGUAUCUCAAAUGAUUUAAAUGAAAAUAAUGAUACCGAUAGUGGCAGAUUAGAGGAUUCUGGCGAUAAAUACAAGAAUGACAAUAUUGAAAUCAUAGAUAUUAGUAAAGACGAUGAAAUCAUAUACAUUGAUGAGGACGAUGAAAUUAUAUACAUUGAUGAGGACGAUGAAAUUAUAGAUAUUGAUGAUGACGAUGAAUUCAUAGAUAUGAUGAAUAUUAGCGACGAUAUGGAAAUGAUGGAUAUUAGUGAUGAUAAUGAAAUUAUAGACAUUAGCGACAAUAUUGAAAUUAUGGAUAUUAGCGAUAAUUAG